AUGUCCUCAUCGGGAUAUGACCUAGGACCUGCGGUGAAUGGUGGUCAAGGCGAUGGAACCUCCGACCUGGGGGAUACCACGGCAACCGUGAUGUCUCGUCUCGAUGUCGCCCUCAAGGACAUGCCGGGAGUCACGACCCUGGACAAGGUGAAUGCUCUUAUGAGCAAGGUCGCUGCCGCCAAGGAACUGCUGGGGGGCUUGGAGCCAGAUCUACUACUACAAGCUCGCAGCAAGGUCGAUGAACCCGACCGCGAGUUAUACAAGAGCCCAGCCCUGCUAAAGGCUUACGAGCAGAUCUCCAAGAACACACAGGCAGACGCACCCGAGGAUGAGUUUGAGGUUGCGAUGAUGGCUGCGUUUACGGCUUGCGAGGAAUCUGAGACAUCCCAAGAGGGUACACAUCCACAAGAGCCAACUCUUCAAGACACCCAUCGUAUCUUGCAGCAGCCUCAAGCCCAAGUUGUUCCACGCCCCAAAUAUACGCCUUCUUAUCGGACAUGGUGCGAGCGAGAGAACGCCGCAAAUGCUGAGAACAAAACCAGGAAGGCUCACAAGCCCUGUGACCGUAAAAACUGUCCCUUCUUCCACGAGGAUCAAAACAAGUACUUCAAUAGCCCCUCCUACACGGCCGACAGGAACGCCGAAGAUGUCGACAAUUGGGAAGAGCUGCCGAGGUUCGCAGGUCGCAAGGGAGCCAACGUGCGCGAAGAGAAGGCCGGGAAAAACGACCGCAACUUCGAUGCAUUCUUCAAGCGAAUUAGGGGCAAGGGCAAGGCGACGGAGAAAAAGGCCGACGAAGAACGCGCCCAGAAGAAGAAGAAGUCUGCUCUGGAGGUCAAGGCUGCUCCUAAGACUGCACACAAGUCCACCAAGGCUGCCACGGACGCUGAGGCUACUGUCAAGGCACCGCCCAAGAAGCGUAAGGUCGCGGCUACCACGGGAGGAGCGAAGGGAACUGCGGAGCAACCAGCGAAGAGGAGCAAAGGUGGCGAGGCUGACCGCUAG